UGGACUCUCCCCGUUGAGUCGUUGACGUCAUUGGUCAACAGAAACAAGAUUGCAUCAUCAUCAUCAUCAUUUGAUUGGUGCUCUCUCUCAACCAAACCACACAAUCACAUACAGCUGCCCACGAGCAUGACCUCUCAGCCAGCUUCUUCAGAUCGGAAAAGGAUAGAUUACCUGAAAUCCUUAGGAUCUAUUCGAGAGAGAUGUCAACAAGUCUUCAAUCUAACAGUUGACCAAGACCAAUUGGAGUUUUGGUCAGUCGAUCAAUCUACUCUACCCAGCAUAGUCGAUUUCUGCUCUUAUUUGAUCUCGCGAGAUUAUGGAGCGAAUUAUCAGUCGAUUCCGCCACAUGGUCGAUGGAGACAUUUCCUUGCUAACGAGCGCGACCGGAUUAGUCCUCUACUCGAGCAAUGGUCGGCCGAUUCGAGUGUUGAUCAGGUCGAGAAAGGGCGCCGAUUGGUGGAUUUGUUCGUGGUUGCAGUGCUGAUGGACGCAGGAGCCGGGGACGAGUGGAAGUUUGUCGAGCCAUUGGAGCAGUCCUGCUCGACCAGCUCGAACGCGAACGAGAGCUUGGACCAGGGGAUCGGCCGGAGUGAGGGGCUUGCCGUGGGCACCUUACAUGCCUUCAAGCGAGGCAUCUUUUCUUCCGAUCCCCAACGGCCCCAUCAAGUAGAUCCCAUUGCCCUCAGCUCACUCACCCCCUCAAAGGUGGCCGAAUUUAUGCAGUCCAAGCCUGGUAACCAAAUGGUCGGAUUGGAAGGACGCUCGAACCUCCUUCAAAAACUUGGUGGCUUACUUUCCAAUGGAUCCAAAUAUUUCCCUGCCCAAGAACCAAAUUCUCAAUCGCGCCCGGGGAACUUGAUCGACUAUAUCCUCUCUCAUCCCAAUGUUCAUCCCCUCCCACGUGCGGUGAUGCGAGGAGAAAUCAGCGUGUCGAUCGACGUCUUAUGGGAGGUCAUCAUCGACCAAAAGCAGGGGCUAGGUAGCAUUUGGCCACAGGAAGGCAGAGAACCUAUUGAUGGUGAAUUCAUCGGAGAUGUAUGGACUUGUGAGGCUUUAAAUCGAGUGAAAAAGGAUGGAGGACAUGUGCCCUUCCAUAAGCUAUCCCAAUGGUUGACUUAUUCGUUGAUUGAGGUUCUAGAGAAAACUCUCAAGUGGGUAAUCACAGGAAGCGAGAAGAUGACUGGAUUGCCGGAAUAUCGCAAUGGGGGAUUACUGAUCGACUUUCAAUACCUCCAGCCAAAACCGAUUGCAUUCAUUAAAUCGUUAGGCCUCCCCGAGACGGAUUUAAGCUCGUUCAGUUUGAUGGAAACCUUGCCGCCUCUACCAGCCAGUCAUCCAGCGAUUGUCGAGUGGCGGGCGUUGACGGUGAUCGCGCUGGACCGGAUCAAAGACUCGAUCAACCAAAAAUUAGAGCUCAGUAACUCGCCUCAGGCUUUGUCCUUGCCACAGGUCUUGGAAGCUGCUACCUGGAAAGGCGGCCGCGAAAUCGCUAAGAUCAAACGCGCUAAGGACGCCGGAUCAUCCGCUGGACCUCCGAUCAAAGUCAUCAGCGAUGGAACCGUCUUUUGAUAAUCAUGUUUCCAACUAUUAAUUCAUACAUAUCAUCCUCAUUCUUUGUUGUUGUAGUUACAUACUUGCCACAAAAUCUUUCUUUUUCUUUUGUAACCCCCCCAAAAAAACUAAUCGAAUUAAGAUGCAGGUUACAUACUCAAAUGAUAACUUGUUGGUUAAUUCUUUUUCAUAUUAUGUGUGCUACUUAAUUCCAUGUUGAAGACUAUCUGAUAGAUAGACAAGAUAUAAGAAGACCCAAAUACACAAAUAUCUGCUGUUGUGCUAAUAUUAGUUACCAUUAGAAUAGUAGAUA